AUGUAUGGUGUGUGUAAUAUUGGCCAAAAACUUUUCUUUCUGAGAACACACAGUAAGAAAAAAAAAAAAAAAACUUUUGGAAAAAAGCCCACCAAAAGAAAAAUAAUAAAUAAUAAUAAUACAAAACAAUACAAUACACUAACUUCCUCCAAUAUUAUUAGUUUUGAAAAAAUAAUUAUACUCAAUACCAUGGCUCAUCCAGGUAGACCAAGAGGUCGUAUGAAUAAAAAGACAUUACAAGCACAAGCUGAACUUGCUCGAGCACAACAAGCUCAAGCUCAAGCUCAAGCCCAGGCACAAGCGCAACGAGCGGCAGUAGGUGGUCAAUUAGUCCCAGGAGGGAAUGGAGGAGGGAUUCCUCCUCCACAUCAGAAUGGACAAUCUCAAUAUUCUACUAAAGAAGAAAGUCUUGGGGUUCAAUUACAUGAUGAAGCAGAUUUGAUUUCUUUUAGAAAUGAUGCAUUGUUUCGAUACAUAACUAAUCAUGAAUAUAUUGAGAAUGUGACGAGUAAAUUAAUUCAUACUUCGAAAAUAAUUCCUCCAAGUUUAUAUCCAAUAAUUCCCAAACCUAAUGUUAAUAGUAGCAACAAUGAAUAUGAAAAUUUGAAACCAGAAGAUGUAUAUUUUGGUGAUUUAGGAGCAAUGAAAUAUAUGGAAAAGAAAUUAACAACAAAAUUACAACAAAUGGAGAAAAAUUUGGAUCCUAAUUAUAAUAAAUAUUUAUUAAAUGAUGAUGAUGAUAACAAAAACAACAACAGUGGCAAUAAUGAAUUUCAAUAUCAUCGAGAAAAUACUAUGAAAUUAUCUAAAUUACAAGAGAAUUUAAUUUAUAAAGAAUCUUUAAAUAAUUUAGAAUUACAAUUGGAUCAAAUUUUAAAUGAUUAUAAAACAAAAUUUAAUAAAAUUUAUAAAGAAUCACCUUCAAUUUAUCAAUAUUCAAUCUCAAUUGAUAAAAUUUCUUCAAUGAUGGAAGUCACAUCAGCACCUGAAAAUUAUAAUCCAAAACUGAUUAAUUCAUUUGUUAAUAUAGGAGGCAAUACCAAUGCCAAUAUCAAUGGAGAUAUAUCAAAUGCAUCCAAUAGUGAUGGUGCCGGUGCUGGUACAGGUACAGAUACAGGUGCGGUUUCUGAAAUGGGGAAUUUCAAUAAUAUUGAUGAUGAUGGCUUGAGUGGGUUUCAAUUUUCUAAUAAUAUAGAUACAUCUAAAUUCAAUGGGAUUAAUGGGGUGUCGAUGAAUCAAUUUGGGAAUAAUUUUCAAGUGUCUGCGAAUAAUAAACCCGAUACCAUUAAUAUCAACAACAAUAUAUCAACAAACAAAUCUAAUUUGGAUGUCAAUAAUAACAAUCAUAAUCCUACUAACAAAGUCGAAUCCACAACCAACAAUAAAUCACAAGGACUUUCUGAAAAUGUAAAUUCAACGAACAACAGCAACACAUCAAAUACCAUACAAAGUUACAAUAGCAAUAUCAAUACUAAUGGUAGUAAUGAUGACAAUAUAGAACAAGAGGAUAUCGAUAUCGAUGAUGGGAAUAAUAUAAUACCCCAUGAUAAUUACAACAACAACAACAAUAAUAAUAAUAAUAAUAAUGCUGAUGAUGAUCUUGUUGUUGAAGGUAACAAUGUUGGCCCAAAUAGAAUUGAUGAUGGUGAUGGUGACGAUGAUGGUGUUGACAAUGACAAUGGUACUAAUGGAUUGGAUAUGAAUCAAUUAUUUGAAGAUAAUGGACAUGGUGAUAUAGAUCAUCUGGAAAUGGUUAAUGAUGAUAUUGGAGAUCUUUAUAAUUUUGAAACUGGAGGAGGAGGAGAUGAUGAUGACGUUGACAAUGGAUUAAUGGAUGGAUUAGAAUUUGAGCAAGAUUUCUUAAAUUAA